AUGUCUCAUUGGUCGCACUUCGGCGCCCUCGUAGCUGUCUCCCACGCCAAAAGUCCGAGAAGAGAAGGGCUGUUAUGGUCCGCCAAAUUGACCGGAAUCGAUAUUACUAUCCCAGAGCAACCGAAAUGGGCAGAAAGCGAUCUGAAAGCCUUCAACUCAACAGAAGGUAGCAGAAUCACCAGAGGAAGUGCACUGGCAUGGAUGGGCCACUUGACCGCACUGAGAUGGUUCCUGUCAACCGAUCACCAAACCGCCCUCAUCCUCGAAGACGACGUCGACUUCUCCCUACACCUCCCCUCACAAAUCUCCUCCACCGCCCACGCCCUCCGUACCCUCCUCUCCCCCGGCUUACCCGCAACUUCCCCAAGCACAAUCCUCAACACAGACUCGCGCUUCUGGGCUUCCCCCUCAACCUGGGACAUCCUCUGGCUCGGCCACUGCAACGACGCCGCCUCCCCUGCGCACGUUCUCUCCCACCCCUCAAUUUCCUACCCCGACCCACACACCCCGCCGCUUUCCUCCAUCGCACCUCCCGCCUCAGACCUCUUAGAGCCUUCAAUCUGUCAAACAGCAGGAUGCUAUACCGCUCCUACUGGCCCCUCUGCACCUUCGCCUACGCCGUAA